AUGACGAAAAAUUCAGAGUGUAUUAAUGAUAUAAAUUAUAUUGAGAUUGAAAAGGAUGAAGAUAAAGGUAUCGAUUUGUGUAGCAACAUCGAAAUUAGUAAUACCAAAAAUAAUAAUGAGGAUAUAAAAAAAAGUAGAAUAAAAAUAAAAUCAUUUUUUAAAAGUAAAAAAAAAAAUUCAAAAGAGGAUAAUAAUAGCAUUCAAGAAAAAUUAAAUACUGGUAAUGACAAGUGUGAUUUAAGUGAAAACAGCCAAAGCGAUACAACAAGUUUGUCAAAUAAAAAAACAAUAAACAAAAUGGAUUGUAAAGAAGAAAAUGAAAAUGGAAAAGACCAAUGUGAAGAAAAAAGUAAUGAAACAUUAAUGAGCAAUAUUAGUAUUGAUAGUACUAAUAUCACUAGUAAUAGUAGUUAUAUAAAUAGUGAAAAAUUAGUUGAAUUUAACGAUGGCGAAAUUAAUAAAAAAAACAAAGAUAAUUCAAAAAAAAAGAAUGACAAUAAAUCAGACAAAACUAGUGAAAUAUGUAAUAAUGAUAAUCCUGAAUUUGAAAAGGACAAAAAUAACAUCCAUAAAAAAAGUGUAAACAAUGUUAAUGGUGAUGGAAACAAAGAACAAAAUAACGGGGGAGAAAAUAUUUCAAGCAGUUUGGAAAAUAAUGAAAUUAAUACUAAAAAAAAAAAUAAAAUAAACCCCAAAAAGGGAGGAAAUAAAAAAACAAAGAAUAAAAAUGAAAAAUAUUUGCAAAAUUCAUGGACAUUUUCAUUUGACAACGAAAAACGAAAAUCCUAUGAUCAGUACAUGAGCAGUUUGACAACUUUGGAGCCCUUCAACACGAUAGAGAAGUUUUACAAAAACUACAAAUAUAUGAAAUCUCCGUCUUCUAUUAAGGAAUAUUAUAAUAUUUAUCUUUUCAAGCAAAAUUUUAAGCCUCUCUAUGAAGAAUAUUCGAACGGGUUUAUUUGUAUUAUAAAGGAUGCAAACAAUUUCAAAAAUAGUACUGCUGAUUUAAUAUGGGAAAAGAUGGUCCUUUUAUCAAUCGGAGAAGAAUUUAAUUUAGUAGAUCUUUCUGGUAUCCAACUGUGUAUAAGGGAAAAUGAAAUAUUUUUCAAAAUAUGGAUGAAAAAUUAUUCCAACUAUUUAAAAAACAUAUUAACGAAGCGAUUAAGUGAGUUGCUAGAAUUCCCCUUAAGCGUGUCCUUUGUUAUAAAGCCACUAUCAAACACGUAUUUUAAUAGGAAAAAUGGAAACAUAAAGGAUAAAAAUGAAAAGGGGAAAAAAUAUAUUAAAGGUAAAGGAUUCGAAUAUCCCCCCAAAAGAGAGCAUUUGAAUAAAAUAAAACCCUAUGGUCAUAUUAUAAAUAUUCCACAAUAUAAUUUAUUAGGGAAUCCAAAUAUGUACAAAAACAAUAUAGAUAUGAACUUAUACUAUUUAUAUAAUAAUCAGAAUAUAGGUAAUAAUCCAUAUUUAUAUUAUCCUUUAAAUAUGCCUCAUUAUUAUCAUAAUGGCUAUCCAGAAUAUAUAUACAAUUACAAUUUACCAAUUAAUGGUGAAAAUAUAAAAUAUAUAAUGCCAGAUAUACAUAUUGAAAAUAAAAUCGCAAGCAAUCAAUCGAAUGGAGUAACCUUUACAGAAAAGAAAAAAAAAAUAUGA